GCGAGAGUUCCCGGGAAGCGCACAACAAACCAAUCUCCGUGUUAGCUUGCUAGCAGCUUCUCCCUGAUGAUCUACCGUCAGCUGAUAAAGAGUGAAAUGUGGUGAUGAAACACUGCAGUGUGUGUUCCACCUCCACCUGUCAGACAGCUGAUACCAUGAGGAGGAGGAGGAGGGGGGUGGAGCAGUCAGUCCUCUGAUCGGUCUGUCUGUCUGUAUGGAGGAUGUGGUUCUGCACUGUCAGUCUGGAUCAGCAGCCAGGUUCAGCUCCCUGUUAGAGACCACAGAGAAGCUCCUGGAGCCUUUCCCCUGUCGGACUCCUCCGGUCUUCACGCCCUGGUUCCCUGCCGCCGCAGACCUCCGGCUACCCCUCAGACCGGCCAGACCGGCUCCUGUCAUCUCCUCCUCGGCCGGUUUACUCGCCUCUGACAGCAGAGCACACACUCACACAGCUCCGACUGAACCACACCUCCCAGAAAACAAACCACAGAAACAUGAUGUUGACACUGAUAAACGCUGCGACCGUCCACACACAGAGACGACGGCACGUCCUGAAGAAACGCUCAGUGUGUCAGAGACUCCAAACCACCUCCUCCCUGCGUCACCGCGUCACAGAGCAGAGAGACGAGUCACCGACCUGCCGCAGAAAAACACAGAGUCGCCCAUCAAACGCUCGUGGAGCGUGUUCACUCAGAGAGGAGUCCUGCUGGACAGCUCCCAGUCUCUGUCCAGACGCUUCCAUCACAUGGUCUCCGUCCACAGGCUCCACCUCCGACAGAGGGCCAAGUGGGUGAUCAGUGAGGACAACUGUGGGACGGCCCAGGACAUCGAACAGGUGUGGCGGACUCUGAGCCGGUCGGUCCGGAGCUCCAGGCUGCCGACGUGCAACGCCAACAUCCAGAGGGAGCGGGCGGAGAUCUGGGUGUUCUGCGACGUCCUGUGCUCGGAGCAGGUGGGGCGUUUCCUGAAGGAGGAGCUGCAGCUGUCGGGGAGGAUCAGCCUGUCGGUCCACAGGCUGGGAAACGUCUUCAGCAUGUAGAGGGACUCCAGACACUUUACAGCCUCAGGCUUUAACACUGCAUUUGUCUUCAUGUUAAUAUAACUGAUAAAAAAGCCUGUUUUUGAUUCAUGUUCAGAACAUGAGCAGAGAGAAUCAGUUAAACCAGGUUCAUCCUCAGGAAACAUCUGUUCUCAUAAAGACAGUGAGAGGGUAAAAUACACGUUAUCUCUGUGAAGCCACAGAUGAUACAGAGAGAGAAGAGUCACAGUCACAGUGUGGUGAAGGUGCUGAGGAACUCCUCUUUAUUCAGCUGUUUGUGCUGCUACACACAUGUUGUUACUGAGCUUUUUAAACAUGGACGUGUCCAUGACUUGAUGAAUUUCACGCCUCGUCUGAGGUCAGACCUCAGAGCGACGCCUGCUUUUCUGAGCCACUUUUUUACCUUUUUAUUUUCUUUUUUCUACCGAAGCAGCUGUGACUAAAACGUCUCCCUGUGCUCACACUUUACAGUCUCACCUAAAGAAAAGGAAACAUGCAGUUGAUUGAACCCUUUCUGUGCCUUGAUACCAAUCCUCCAAUGCAGAAGUUCAUUCAUAUUUUAUAAGAAUUUACUCCAGUAAUGAGCUGGAGGGGAAUGAAAGCCCUGAACAGAUGUGUGUCUUUGUGCUGAGUUCCAGUCUGUGUUGUGUAUUGAUGAAUUUGAGAACAGAUGGUUCUGACUGAGUUUUUCACAACGAUUUUCUCUUCGCUCUGUGAUGUAAAUAAAGGUUGAAUAUUUUGAAUGGAUGGACGUACAGUCGAA